AUGCGUUUCGCCACUUUCGCUCUUCUCUCCCUGGUUUCCGGUGUCUUUGCCGGAAACUGCGGUCCUAAGAAUGGAAACGCAAAGUGCGCUUCCGGCGAGUGCUGCUCCCAAUACGGCUGGUGCGGAACCACUGUCGACCACUGCGACGCAAAGACUUGCCUGAAGAACUUCUCCGGUGCUUCCUCCAAGUGCAACGGCAGCUCUCCCGCACAGACUUUCCCCGAUGGCGUCCCUGAGAUCGAUGUCUGCGGCCACGCCCAAGGUGGCGUGAGCUGCCCUGGUGCGGGAGCCAACGGCUACUUCUACCGCUGCUGCUCCUCCGCCGGCCACUGCGGACCCAAGAACGACCUUCAGGACCAGAACCUCUACUGCGGUACUGGAUGCCAGGCUGGCUUCGGAAAGUGCGAUAACCAAAAGGCGCCUGCUGAGCCCACCGCUCAGAAGGGUGUCGCGCAGGCCGGAGAGACUUGCGGUCCUAUUGUCAACAAGAAGUGCGCUUCCGGUCUUUGCUGCUCUGGAUCAAACUUCUGCGGUACUGGCGAGGACUUCUGCGGUGCUGCCAACUGGUGCCAGAGCAAGUGGGGAAGGUGCAACUAA